AUGGCAACUGCAGGAAAAAUGGGUAAAACCAUUUGUACGAUAUGUAACGAACAGAGAAUCACGUACUUUUGCAAAGGAUGCUCAAAAGAGUACUGUUUUUCGGACUUAACAAAACAUCGUGUUAUACUCAGCGAACAAUUCGAUAUAUUAGCCCACGAUUUUAAUCGAUUCCGAGAAAAACUUAUUAAUGAAAAAGAAGAUUCAGAGCAGCGUGUUCUUAUACAACAAGUGAAUAGAUGGGAAGAAGUUUCUAUAGAAAAAAUUAAGAAAACAGCACAAGAGUGCAGACGAAUAUUACUUGAACACACAGAUGAAAAUAUUAUGAAAACCGAAAAGAAGCUAAAUAGAUUAAUGGACGAUUUAGAACCGCUUCGUCAAAAGGACGAAUGGUAUGAAACUGAUUUAGCGAAUUUGAAGGAGAAAUUACAAAGCAUGAAACAAGAACUUGCUGCGCCACAAAAUAUUUCAAUUCAACAAGAUUCUGGAACAUUCAUAAAAAAUAUUUCAGUGUCUAUUUCCCCCGGCACACAAGUUACUGUGCGAUGGGCAUCGAAUGGUGUUACCAUUGCCGGUGGACAUGGGUCUGGGCACGCAUUGAAUCAACUGUACUUACCUCUUGGUCUUCAUAUCAAUGAUGAUGAUACGAUAUUCAUUGCUGAUUUUGCCAAUGACCGUAUUGUAAAAUGGAAGAUUGGUGAUAAUAUUGGUGAAGUAAUUAUCGGCAGUCAUGGACGCGGAAAACAGAUGAAUCAGUUGGAUAGACCUUUCGAUGUGAUCUUUGAUAACGAAACAGAUAGUCUCAUCAUCAGCGAUGGAGACAAUCGACGAGUCAUGCGAUGGCUUCUUCGAAACGAUACUAUGUAUGGAGAAAUAAUUUUGGACAAUAUAGAUUGUUACGGAUUAGCCAUAGAUGAUCAGAGAUAUAUCUACGUCAGUGACAUCGAGAAGAAUGAAGUAAGAAGAUACCGGGUGGGAGAUAUCAAUAGUAAACUCGUAGCCGGAGGUAAUGGACAAGGCAUGCGUCUUAAUCAACUCAAUAGGCCAACUUAUGUCUUUGUUGAUCAAGAUCAUUCUGUCUACGUAUCUGAUCGUGACAAUCAUCGUGUAAUUAAAUGGGCCAAAGAUGCAAAUGAAGGAAUUCUUGUGGCUGGAGGUCGUGGCUAUGGCAAUGGUCUCGGACAAUUAUCGUACCCUCGAGGAGUCAUAGUCGAUUCAUUGGGUACAGUCUAUGUGGCAGACGAAGAAAAUCAUCGAGUGAUGCGUUGGCACAAAGGCGCAAUACAAGGUGACGUUUUAUUUGGUGGAAAUGGUAAAGGACAGGGACCAAACCAGCUACACUGGCCUCAUGGUCUCUCAGUUGAUCGGCAUCAACAUUUCUAUGUUGUCGAUUAUGGUAAUGAUAGAGUUCAACGAUAUUCCAUCGAAGCAAAUAUGGAAAAUGUUACUUUGCCAUUUCUAUCGAUAAAAUGA